CACUACUAUAUAACAAAUAAUUUGAGCAAAGAGAUGAUAUAUUAAUGGAUGGCAGUAUCGCUCUCCCUCCUCUGUAUUCUACUAACUGUUCACAUUGAGUCAGCCAUCAAACUUCCUCUACGAGGGAGUAUUCAAGAUCCUGACAACAACAGGGUGUGGAAGAGAGAGACAGAUGUGCAGGUUACCGGGAGACCCGAACAAGGAUACUUCAUAGACAUAUUCCUAGGAAGUCCUGCCCAGAAGUUUAGUGUAGUGGUUGACACUGGCAGCUCAAACUUUGCAAUUGCGGGGUCUGCUGAUGUGGGGAUUGAUAAAUACUUCAGCAGUGAACAAUCUACUUCAUUCAAAGGAAGUCCUGAUAAAAGUAUAAAAGUUCAGUACUUUAAUGGCACUUGGCAGGGAUACUUCGCUAGUGAUAUCUUUAUGUUCUGUGAAACCUGUGGUAGUGGCAUUGUCGAUGUCGCUCUGAUAACAUCUUCCUCAAACUUCUUUGUUUCGCCUACAUUAUGGCAGGGAAUUCUGGGUCUCGGCUACAAAAGACUCAUGCAGCCUGAUCCGAGUACAGCUGAUACCGUACUAGACAGUCUGUCUGCAAAAGGUGCAGUGAGCCAAGUGUUCAGUAUUGAGCUAUGUGGACGAAGAGACCAGAAUACUACAAAACUUGACGGGUUACUCGAAUUAAAUGCUACAGCAGAUGAAAGUUACCAGUACACAGAUCUGGUUAAGGAGUGGUAUUAUCAAAUAGAACUAACUGAUCUCACUGUUAACGGAACUGCAAUUGUUGAGGAGUGCUUUGAGCUAAACAAACCGCAUGCGAUACUAGACAGUGGCACAACUAAUCUUCUCCUGCCAACAGUUGUGUACUUCAAGGUCCUGGCGGCUAUUGAGUCAUUUUCGUACAUCGCAGCUAAUGGUUCGAAGAAUGGAGUGACUCACGCAGACAUUAACAAAUUCAUUGUACGAGAGAAUUUCCUUUGCAAAGAAGACCUACAGUCUGUAAUAUUCACGUGGUUCCCAGAAAUUGUGGUGAACGUAGCUUACAAUAAGACUCAUCAGUUCGCGGUCAAUAUCCCACCACAGCAAUACGUCAGACAAACUAUGGACAGUAUCAACAAACAGGGGCAGAUGAGUGAUAAAACUAAGUGCUAUAUGUUUGGAGUGCAGAAGAGUGAAGCUGGUACGAUACUGGGUGCAGCUUUUCUAGAACGACUUACUGUUCUGCACGACAGAAUUACCGGAAGAGUAGGGUUCAAGAUAGCUACCAGUUGUCAGGUUUCGGAUCCAGUGUUCGAAAAGACCAUGUCAGGUCCUAAUUUGAGAACCGACGAAGGUUGCCUGGUCCCACCACACUCUGCUUUACCAACAGUCGCGCUCACAGUAACGCUGACGCUAAUCCUGACCACGCUGUGCUGUAUUGCGUGUUGGUGGCACAACGAAGCGCUAAAAGCGCAGCUUGCGGCGCUGUGUCUGCGUUUUAAGCGCACUCAGAACUACACUUACAUGUUGAACAGUGAGGAUGAGGAUGAGAGUAGUCUGCAGAUGGAACUGGAUGAGAUCAGGACUGAUAUUACUCAGUGAACCAAUCAGAGAGUGUUUUCUAGUCACGUGGUUAAAAUCCGACCAAUCAGAGAACUGUAUUUCAGUCCCAUGAUUGAAAGCUGACCAAUCACUAAUGGUGCACUUUGAACUGUAUUUCGUUUCUCUUAAAUCAAAUAACAGAGACCACAGAACAUUUUAUUUUUCUAUUUUGACAUAAAAUAAUCAAACACCCCACAAACACACUCCUUACUUCCCCACCUAGUCACCACCACCACCACUAACUCUGCCACUCAAAACGCUGCCUGCUGGCUCAACGGCUAAAGAUGUCAACCGGCUGUCCUUUUAGGUCAUACCAACCAAUCAGAGAGCUUUAUGAAGUAGACUCGUGACACAAACUAACCAAUCAGGUGCGUCGUCCUGUCUGGAGUCAGGUGAAGCCCCCGCAUGGCUCGUGUCAGUUAUCGCCCUCUCCGUAGGAGCAGCAAUCGUGCUGUCUGUAAGUCUGUGGUAUCUUUGGAAAAGUCGUCACAAUAUCUGUAAAUGCGGGAGCAAGAGUGAGGAGGGGCGGGUAACAGAAUGCCGCGCAGAGAAACGUGUAUCUGUGGCAGCUGUCGGUAAUAAGGCACGGAGAAUGUCAAAUGUGGAUAGUGGGAACACUAACAGUAUUCUUGCGGGGCUGCAAGGAGGGGAGGAUGAUGUUGGGGGUGGUAGUAUGGAUGUUAUCGAGGAGGAUGAGGUGGUUGUUGAUGAGGGUGGGCUGUGUGAUGAGAUUCCUGAUUAUGGGGUAAAUACUGUAGUGUUGGAGUCUCUAACCGGGCGGGAUGUUGAGGUUACUCAAGCUGGUCAGGUCGGAGUGGUUAAUUCUGAUGAAGAAGAUAUGGGGUAUGAGAGUCAUGAAACAUUAGAGGAUCAGAAUGAUGGGGAGAAUGAUCAUGGUGGUGUGAUUGUCAAUAAGGAUGAUCAGGAGAAUGCAGAAGAGAAGGAAACGGUGGAUGAGGAGCUUGAAAAGGAGGAGGAAGUGAAGGAUGUGGCAGAGAAGGAGGAGGAUGUUGAGAGUUAUGAGGAGACACAGGAGAAUGGAGAAUCAAAUGUAGAAACAUUACCGUUAGAUCAACAACAACAAGAUCAUGAUGAUGAUGUAAAAGAACCGGAAGAGAUGGAAUAUGACUCGCAGCAGAACGAUCAACCGAAGGAAAAUGAGUUGGAGUCGGUUACCAAGGCAGCAGAAGAAAAUGAGUUGGAAUCUGCUACCAUGGCAAAGGAAGAAAACGAGUUGGAAUCGGUUGCCAAGGCAGCAGCAGAAAAUGAGUUGGAAUCGGCUACCAUGACAACUGAAGAAAACGAGUUGGAAUCGGUUGUCAAGGCAGCCGAAGAAAAUGAGUUGGAAUCGGCUACCAUGACAACUGAAGAAAACGAGUUGGAAUCGGUUGCCAAGGCAGCAGAAGAAAAUAAGUUGGAAUCUGCUACCAUGGCAACGGUUGAAAAUGAGUUGGAAUCGGUUACUAAGGCAGCAGAAGACAAUGAAUUGAAAUCGGCUACCAUGACAACAGAAGGAAACGAGUUGGAAUCGGUUGGCAAGGCAGCAAAAGAAAAUGAGUUGGAAUCGGCAGCCAUAACAACGGAACAAAAUGAGUCAGAAUCAAUUUCUAAAGCAACGGAAGAGAAUGAGUUGGAAUCGGUAAUUAUAGAAACAGAAGAGAAUGAAUUAAAGUCGAUAACCAUAGAAAGAGGAAGAAAAGAGUCCAAUUCGGAAGAGCGAGCUGUGUUAGCAGCACUAGCUGACUCCGUGAGAGGAACAGAAGACAGCAGUACUGAGGAGUGGGACUCGGACUCCGGGGAAUCCCAGUCAGAGGAGAAAUCGAAGUCCGUCGAGGACUCUGAUUCGGACGACAAUGCAUUUGUGAGAGUUGGUAAUAAUAGUGAUAUUGCAACAGAAAAAUUAGAAUGUGAUCUGGAGAAUGUAGAGGUACAAUCACCGAACAACUUCACUGGUGAUGAAAAUGAUGACGUACCUAUUCAUAUUGAUUGGAAUGAUUGACAAGAGUUUCCUUCUACAUACGAUACACACUUCACGCGAUGUUUACAUUUCAUAGCAUGUUAAAUAUCAGAAGUGCUCACUGAUAAAGUUCUAAUAUUAUUUUAUUUUUAGCUUCACUUUCGUUUCACCAGACUUAGAAGGUAGAUGUACGCUUGAAGCUGCUUAGUAUAUUUAGUAAAACUGGGCAGUAAAUAUACGACUCUAAAUUUGAUUUCAAUUUGGUUGCAUGUGUAGUGUUUUUUUUUGCUAUUUUUACGAUUUGUUAUUUUUAAUUUCACUCCAUUUUUAAUUUGAGAUGAUUGGGCUCAAAGGGGGUUUUUGAAGUUGCCCUAUUUCAAUGCUGAAUUGCUGUAUUAUUAUAUGAAACAUUCAAAUCUCCAUAAAUUAGACUAUCCA